UCUCAAGUAGGACGUCUCACCAACCAGCUAGUUAGUCAAACUUCCACGCCCAUGGAGGGCAGCAUGUAUCCUCCGGCGUCCAAACUGGAGGGCGAGUCGUCGUCGGCGGCGGCGGCGGCGGCGGAAGGGGAGCCGGUGACCGGCAUCCCCGUGGGCAUGUUCUACCCUGCUCCGCCGAUGGAGCGUGUGGUGUCCUGCCGCGUGGGGCCGGCCGGAGGUGCGUGGACCACCGGCCUCUGCGAUUGCUCCGACGACUGCAACACAUGUUGCAUGGCGUGCUGGUGCCCCUGCAUCCCAGUCGGGCAGAUCGCGGAGAUCGUCGACAAGGGCUCAUCAUCAUGCCCGUUGAACGGGGUGUUGUACUGCUUGGUGUUCCACGUGUCGGGGGGGAUGUGCCAGUGGCUGUACCCGUGCGCCUACCGUGCGAAGCUGCGGGCGGCGUACGGGCUGCCGGAGACGCCCUGCUCCGACUGCGUCGUCAACUUCUGCUGCCAGACCUGCUCCAUUGCUCAGAUGCACCGGGAGCUCCAAAACCGCGGCUACGACCCAUCCCUUGGAUGGGAGGUCAACUCGCGGAGGAUGAUGGUGACUCCUCCCCAACACCAAGCGAUGGAAGGAAUGACUCGCUAGCUUAUAUCAAAAUUAAACCCAUCGCUGUUCAUCUCGACCAAUUAAGCAAUACACAAGCUAUCUAUUAUUACACGCGUGUGCUACCAUUUAAUUUCUGUAAACCCCAUGUAUGUACAGGAAUAUAAAAUGGCAAUACAUAUAUAGCCGUUUCACCUUCAAUUUUGUAGUCAUAUUUCAUUAUCUUCCGUGUCAAGUUGUAAUCGAAAAAACUAUGUUAAUUACCGGUCUGUUGGAGUACGAAAUUUGUUUCCACAAUCAUGCUAGAUGGGACUUUACAUUCUCACGGAUAUAUAAUGGUUGUACAUUAUUCUGUAUAUCUUUUUAACAAAAUAAACCAGAUCAAGACCCAGCA